AUGCAGUCUCAUCCAUUGUUUGAUGGAGCAUUUCAGUGCCUAUUACCGACGAAUGUAGUUGAUGCCAGUGAUUUACGUCAAAUUCCUGAUAAUCAAGAAGUAUUUGUUCAUCCGUCAACUUCUCAAAGUAUCACUAUAGAUAUCUUGGAAUAUGUGGAUGCUAGUAAUCAUGAAGAUGCAGCAAAAAUGCAUUUUAAUGAAAUCGGUGCAGCUAAUGAAGCUACAGAUUCAAACAUUUCUUCUCUAAGAACUGUGUCACUACAUAAUCCAGAUCCUUAUUGUUCUUCUGUCGUUUUAUUAUCUGGACAGCAAAAAGUGUCCAAGUUUAAUCAAUCCAAUGAAGAUGUUGUAUUCAUUUAUAUGGCUUUAUAUAGAUAUACACAAUUCCAAGCGGAUGUAUUAGUUAUUGUCAAUAAUCCUGAUGGUGAAGAUGGUGGUAACAUUCAUUCACCUUCAUCAGGUUACGAUCAAGUUCAUUUCACUUCCCAAAAUAAUAAUAAUGAUACUAGCUAUUCUACAGAUUUAAUAUGGUCACAAGAUGAAAUAAACACAAUACUACCUUCUUUACGUCUAAUAAAUUCAAAUGUUUUUGCAUCAUAA